AUGUCAUUGAUAUCCCCUCUUGCCGCAGUAUUAUCUGCCAUGGCGAUUGUACUGGGUCUCCUCUUCUUCCCCAACAUGACGCCGCAGCCCACCUUACACCCACGGGUUGGUUGGAGAAAAGAGAACGCGUCGACGUUGCGCGCUGCACUGCGCUCAUGCUACAAGUUGAACGAUUGGGCACUUGAGGGUUACAAUGCAUAUGCUAAAUUGAAUAUUCCCUACGUACUCCCCAGCUUUGAUCGGGGGCCAAUUACGAUUAUUCCAGCGCGCCUGAUGAGAAGGCUAUACACCCUGCCGGACACUGACUUGGACAUACGGAUGACCCAGCAGGAAACCAACCAGACGAGAUGGGUUGCCUGGGACAAGAAGCCCGCCGAGGAUACGUUUGUGUGGGAUGUGCUGCGCAAGCAGAUUACCCGGAAUCUGAGACAACUUACACCAAUUGUCGCAUCUGAAAUUGAGCUAAGCUUUAAUCGCUGGUGGGGGACGGACAAGGAGUGGAAGUCGAUCGACAUCUGGGAUUCCUGCUGGAAAAUAGUGACUGGUGGAAUCAACACUACACUUUGUGGUAGCCCGCUUUGCCGCGAUGCGGAGUUCUUGCAGAGCUGUCAGAACCAUUCGCUGGGGGGCCUCGUCUGGUUUGUGUGCGCUAUUCUCUUCAACACAACCAUGAAGAGGUCUAAAGCAGUGGUGCAAGAGAGACUGGAGAAGACUGCGAUGUUACGUGCUGAACCGACCUACGACUGGAAACCUCCGCAAGAUGCCAUUCAGUGGAUUAUCGAUGACUUGUAUGCCUCGGAUAAUCUGACGCAGUUGAAUGCAAAGACCAUCUGCUUCCGCCUGCUUCUCCUGAACGAUGUCUCCAUACCUUCAACCUCAUUUUCAGUGCAGACAUUGCUGCUCAACUUGUUUGCCGCUGAUCCUGCCCUUGGCUUCCUCGAAGCAUUGCGCGAAGAGUGCCAAACCGUGUACACAGAGUCAGGCGGAGUAUGGACCUAUGAUGCGCUCAAAAAGUUGAAAAUCACCGAGUCUGCAAUUCGAGAGUCUUUGAGGCUGUCACCGGUUGGGGGGAUUGGCUUACAUCGAACUGUAAUUUCAACUCCUUUUACCUAUCCCUGCAUUCCGCCAAUUUGUCUCGAGCCAAUUCUUUGCGAUGAAAUGCUGCGUUCUAGGCUAAUAGAGAACAAACUCCAGGUCGUCAACCCUAAAGGCAUAUCACUCCCCGACUACCGACUGAACCUCCCCCACGGGACAGUCAUUGCUUCCCCGAUAGAACCAAUCCACUACGACGAUGACAUCUACCCGCACGCCAAUGAAUACAACGCAUUUCGCUUCGCCGAUCCCGAGGCAGUCCGAGCGAUAUUGGACAAAUUGUCGUCGGAGCCGAAUAGCAACAUCAGCACUGGAGGGCCACGCGACAGAGAGUCCAAGAGUGCAGCCAGCACAGCCAACAUUGAUGAAGCCUUCCUUGCAUUUGGCAUUGGAAAGCAUAUAUGUCCGGGGCGAUUCUUUGUGAUGGUUGAAAUGAAACUCAUCUUAGCUAUUAUUCUGGUCCAUUAUGAUGUCAAGCCGGUGAAGGUUAAGCCAAAGCUAGUAGAUUGUUUAUGGCUUAAGGUUCCUUGGAAUAGUGGGACGUUGGUUGUACGGAGACGGUCUAAUUAA